AUGAUGUCCUGUGGCCGCCGAAUUGCGACCUUUGCGUCGGUCCGCCCCUUCGCUGUCCGCGCCUACUCUUCCACCGUGCCUCGUCUGUCCGACAGCGCCAUCGCCAACGACCCGACCCCGCGGAAGCAGACGCCGACUGUCUCCGGCACCAAUGCCACACCCACUGACUCGUUCGGACGUCACGAUGGCACUCUGCAGGAGUCGCCCGAGGUUGGGGAGCGUAUCCGCAGCAUGCAGGCCCCGAACCGCGCUACCACCUGGGCUGCAAACCAGCAGCCUCGCGAGCAGGCCAUGGUUGGACCUCGCUUUGAGCAGACCAUCAUGGAGAGCCAGCCUCAACCAUAUGCCGCCAUCGACCUCAUUCACAGACAGCACGUCCGCUGGACCAAGUCCAAGGUCGUCAGCUGCGACGGUGGCGGUGGCCCUCUCGGCCACCCUAAGGUCUUCAUCAACACCGACAAGCCUGAGAUCGCUACCUGUGGAUACUGUGGUAUUCCCUUCGCCCAAGAGCAGCACCGCGCAUACCUGAAGUCCCUGCCCGCCACCAGCUACCCCCUCGAGCCCACCAACGACGCUGCCGAUGUGAACGAGUCCCAGCGCGUGAGCGAGGGCGGCCUGGAGCAGCGGUAA